AUGAAAUACGGCGACCAGCUCGAGCAGGAAUCUGUUCCGCAAUGGAGUCUACAUAACGUCGAUUACAACUCUCUCAAGCAUGAGAUCAAAGUUCACACAAGCCGCGACCAGGCCACCGCAAUCGCCAUCCCCGGCCAUCAGGAUGCCGCCCUCAAGCGAUUCGAGGAUAACCUCUACCACGAACUCUGUCAACAGCACGACCGCGUCGACCUUUUCGUGUCUAGCAAGGCCGACGAGAUCUCGCGCCGGCUGCAAUACGUAUCCGACCAGCUUCAGAAACUGAUUGUCAAAUGCGCCGAGGAAGGCGACCGAAUCUCGAUCAAGCGGCACCGUCGAUUCGCCAAGUACGAGAGGGAUUUGCUUCGCUGUGGCGAGGAGACUCUUGCCCUUGCCCGCUUCAUCAAUGCCCAGAUCACAGCUUUCCGGAAGAUCACCAAGAAAUACAAGAAAUGGACAGGAUCCCCCACGCUCGGUGCCCGUUUCCGCGAAAAUGUUCUUGCCAAUCCCAAGAGCUUCACCCGACGAGACCUGAACAACCUCCAGACUCGCUACGAGGAGCUACUCAACACUCUACGCAGUUCCACCCCUCAAUUGAGCGAGCCCAGUUCCCCUUCUUCAGACGAACUGCUGCCCUCCCGCCGAGGCUCUACCGCAGAAGACUUCUUCACGCCGCUGCCCCCCGCCCAGCGGCAGCCUCGCCAGCCCGUUCAGCAACAGCAGCGGCAGCAGCAGCAACACUAUUGGAAUGAGUACGACGAUGGAAGCGAAGCGGGCGGACAGGAGGACGAGUACGCCAUCUACAUCAAUCCCGACGACGACAUGAGCUUCCCCGGCCUGGACUCGAUGCGAGCGAUUCUUGCGGCGCCCUUUCGCCACGCCCGGAGGUGGUUUUCGCGGCGGCAAGACCCCGAGGGUCAGCGGUUGUUGGGCAACGCCCCGUUCCUCGAGAGCUACGGCGGCAUCUCGCCUCUCGGGACCGACACGGACGACGAAUACGCCAGCUCCGAUGGCAUGCCCACGACGGGAUAUGCCACGCACUUCGCCACGCUGCCGAGCCUCAACGAGCAACAAGUAAGGCGGUACCGCGAGCACGUUCUCUUUUGGGGCACCAUCGGUUGCUUCGGCGUAUCCUUCCUGCUGCUCCUGGUGGCGGGCAUUCUCAUCUCGACUGGCCGCCACAAGCUCCGCGCCGAAGUCGACGCCGGCGUCACGGUCGGCGUCGUCGCCAGCUUGUUUACUGCCUGCCUCGCCCUGGGUAUGUCGCUGUACCGGCGCGACGACCUUGGCGUCUGGCAACGCGUGGCUGUCUACAGCAGCUUUUUCACGGCCUGCGUCCUCAACGGCAUGCUGCUAAUCCUGGUGGUGGGGAAUGCGGCAUAG